GUAGGCAUUUUGAUUGUUAAACUCGAUGGCUGGAAAAGACUCGGACUACCGUAUAUUUGUCGGAGGGCUAUCAUGGGACGUUACUGAGCGCCAACUGGAAGGCGCCUUUGGUCGUUUCGGAAAAAUUAUCGACUCUCAGAUGGAUUUGUUUACAAGAAACUGUGGGUUCUGUUGGGUUGAACUGCUGAAGCUCACUUUCGUUUUUAUGCUUUGCUUUGUUCAGUUGGUUGUUUUGAAAUAGAACAUCUGUAUGUCAACAUGUUGCACAAUCUUAUUAAAAGAAGCUUGUAUCAGAUAUGCCCGUUUAAGUAAGCUUGUGAUCUGCUUUGAGAAAGUACGUGGUUUGAGACAAACAUGGAUAUCUAUCAGCAAUUUUGGACUUGUCAUAUGUAUUAUUACCAUGCGGCUGAACCUCUGAAAAGUCAAAAAGAUUUAGCAAAAUUCACGAAGCUAGUAGCUUUUACUAAAGCCAAUCAUUUUUUCAUUCGUUGUUGACACUUGUUGAUUAGGAUUUGAAGUCGAAUUAUCCAUAUAUAAUACCAAAAGUUUUGGGGAUUGAUUAAAGAACAUAUUCUUGAAUGCACACUGCAUCUGUGAUAGAGAAAAGACUUUGGACCAGUAACUUGGAAGGUGUACUCAAGGAGGAAGCCCAAAGCCAAAGAAGGACAGGUGUAGGGUGGUAAGAUAGGACACACGUAUGGUGAGAUUCUAGUAAGUCGUCAUGCAUGUGGGGGAAUUAGCCAAUUGGGAGAGCAGUAGUUUCUGAGAAGUUCAUGUGUGGUUGGGCUUCGAUAUGAUUACUUUUGAUUAGAUUAAUGCACCUUUCGUUCAACUGCCUCCAUAUACUUUUUUGAGCUUUUUAGAACUUGAGCAUUCAGAUUAACACCAGAGUUGCUAGGAUUAAGGUGCCCAUGCUCUGUUUUGUCAGUUAUGCCAUCUGUUUUGAGCAGUUUUCAUUAAAUAAUAUGUACACUGAAAGUCAGAUUGGUGGACUUCAUCAUUUAGCAGAAGAUUAGGGUACACAGUAUUCUUUUGUGGAGGGUUCUCAAUGACUGAAGCUAUCUUUGUGCUCGAUUUUGCAUCCUGUUCUGCUGGAGUUUCAUUUAUCUUAGCACUUGUUUCAAGUAGAUUUCUUUUAUGACAAAGUCCAUGAUGGUUAGUUAUAGUGUAAGUAAAACAUAGUGCCUCCUAGACUCAACCCUCAGAAGCACUCGCCUUCAUUUUCAGUAUCCUGAUUUGCAGUGUUGUAGAGCACCGUUUGUGAAAGCAAUUACUACUACCAGGGCUUUUUGUUUUCCAUGCUGAUUCAUGUACAAUGUAGCAACUGUUGGUAAAUGGGACAAUGUGAUCCGGAUUGACACUUUUUGGUGAAGGUUUCCAAGAUUUCAAGCUAAAGCUGCUAUCUUUAUCCCAAUGAUUUUUAGCUAUAUAGAGCUUCUUCUUGCUGUUUAGCGUCUUAUGUUCAAGAAACUAUCUGGCACUGAUAUAAUUUAUGACACCAAAAAUAUGAUGAAGUGGCAAUAGUGAUGUAUGUUUCCCUGAAAGAUGAGAUAGUAAAAGAUCCCUUAAGUUGUCCAAAGUGGGGAAGAAAGAAGAAACUGAUGACCUUGUUAUGUUAUAAAAUCUUAGAAAUUAAGCUAAAACAACAAAAGUAAUCGUAUCAUCAGCUGAACUUCUGUGGUUAAGUCAUCCCAAGUGCUGUAAUUUAUGUUAUGCGGGCUAAGAAAAUUCCAGUUAAAGAUCUGUUAUUAGUAACAGUAGUAAGUAAUCAGUGAGAAAGAAAAGAAGAAAUUGAUAAGUGAUUUGGUGCAGAGUGCCCUGAAUAUGAUCUACUAUUAUAAAUCCUAACAAAUUAAGUUCUUUAUCGGCCAAAUUGAUAUAGAGAUAAUGCUUGAAAGAGACACGGGGCGUCCACGCGGAUUCGGGUUCAUAACAUUUUCAGACCGUAGAGGCAUGGAAGAUGCAAUCAGGGAAAUGCAUGGAAGUGAUCUUGGGGAACGAGUCAUCUCCGUCAACAAGGCUCAGCCUAAAAUGGGCGGUGAUGAGGCGGCGGAUCACGGUUACGGUGGAGGCUAUCCGUCUUCUGGCGGUAGAGGUGGUGACAGAUCUAUGGGACAGGACGAGUGCUUCAAGUGUGGCCGCUCAGGACACUGGGCUCGUGACUGCCCUUCAGCAGGCGGUGGUGGUGGUAGAGGUGGCGGCCGGUUCUCUUCCCGCCCCAGGUUUGGUGGCGGCAGGGGAGACCGCUAUGCUGACCGUGAACGUUAUGUGGAUGAUAGAUACGAUGGAGGGCGUUUUGGGGAUAGAGACCGCUAUGAUAGUCGAGAUAGCAAGUAUGUUGGAAGCCGCAGUCGCUAUUCAAGUGAUAGGUACUCACCAAGUGGAGGUGGAGAUCGGUUUGGAGGCGAUAGAUAUGGAGUCCCGGAACGUUACCCACCACCGCCGCCGCCGCCACAGAGCGGGUAUGGCAGGGAGAGAGAGUAUGAUCGGGAAGUUGGCCCGAGGAGGAGCAGUGACAGAUAUGGUGGUGGUGGUGGUGGUGGACCUGCACGUUAUGAAGGAAGAAACUAUAGGGAUAGAGCUGGUCCAUAUGACCGGCCCAGAAGGGGAGGUGGCCGGCCAUCAUCCUUUGACUACUGAAAAGUUUUCUUGUUACCUGAUAUGCUCAACGAUGAAACCUUUUUUUUAUCCAUCCGCUUUCUAGAUUUGGUUAGUUAGUGUGUGAAUCAUUCUCAUCUCAGUUGAGGUGGUUAAUAAAACCUUGUGCCACUUUUUCUUCUACUAAUUUAUUUUCAGUCGGCUCCUAAAAGUAAA